AUGAAAAGAACACAGAAAGCUUUGAGUUAUAGGAAAUUACAUCUUCACAAAAUAGCUUCAAACAACCAGGAAGUUAUGAACGCUUUUCCACCUAGUGAUCUGUCAAGUGAAAUGAAAGACUUGGAUUUAUCAAAAGACAAUCUACCAACACAGCGCAGUCUAGGACUAAACUGGGACUUGCAAUCAGAUUCCUUUUUCUUUAAAAUUUCAAAUGACGUCAAACCAUUCACAAGAAGAGGUGUAUUAUCAACAAUAAAUAGUAUAUUUGACCCCCUAGGAUUUCUCGCCCCAAUUAUCAUGCAAGGCAAGUCACUUAUGAGGAAUCUUCUUCAAGAAACAGUCAACUGGGAUGAACCUUUACCAGAAAAUCAGUCUAUUCAGUGGGAAAAAUGGAGAAAUUCCUUACAACAUCUCCAAAAUCUACACAUCCCAAGAGUUUACAUAGAACUGACUCAGUCAUGGAGUGAGACAAUGAACAAAACAAUUCACAUUUUUUGUGAUGCUUCAGAAUCGGCAAUAUCAGCAGUGGCCUAUGUAGAAUCACAAGGAAACUUUGGAUUUAUCCUCGGCAAAUCAAAACUUGCGCCCUUACAAGGACAUUCGAUACCACGUUUAGAACUUUGUGGCGCUGUGUUAGCGGUGGAAAUUGCUAAGUGUGUAUCAGAACAGCUGGAAUUACCGAUUGAACAUUUUAAGUUUUACUGUGAUAGUAAAGUAGUGUUGGGAUAUAUUUUCCACAAUUCAAAGAGAUUCUAUCAGUAUGUGGCAAACAGAGUGAUGCAAAUUCGAAAAGUGACCAAACCAGAUCAGUGGUCGUACAUAUCAACAGACAAAAAUCCAGCUGAUCAAGCAACGAGACAGAUUCCAGCUCAAGCUCUACAAAACAGUACUUGGCUUUUAGGACCAUCACCUGCACACUUACAACAGAUUCAGCACCCAUGCAUAUCUUAUGAGAUGGUGGACCCAGAUUCAGACAGGGACGUCAGACAAGAAAUCACUUGUUUAAAGAUUGACAUCUCUAGACUCGGACUGAAAUCGGAAAGAUUCUCACGUUUUUCACAAUGGAGGAAACUUGUUGAAACUAUUGCCAGACUUCAACAUAUAGCACAUUCCUUUCAACAAGGAGACAGUAAAUGCUCUGGGUGGCAUGUGUGUGAAGAUUCAAGAACUGUGGAAAAUUUCAACAAAGCUGAGAAACUUAUCAUCAAAAUUGUGCAGAAAGAAGUGUAUUUAGAAGAAAUCCAGUGCAUAUUGAAAGAAAAACCUCUACCUAGAGAUAGUAACAUUUUACCUCUUUCACCAUUCUUGGAUAAAGAUGGAAUACUGAGAGUCGGUGGACGUCUCAACAAAAGUUCUUUACCAAUCAACGAGAAAAAUCCAGUGAUAAUACCCAGAAACCAUCAUAUAGCGUUGUUGAUUGUUCGUUACUAUCAUGAACUCUGUAAACAUCAAGGUCGCCACUUAACAGCAGGAGCGAUUCGUAGUGCUGGAUUCUGGAUAAUAGGAGCCAGAAAAUUAGUUUCAUCCAUACUUCAAAACUGUGUCAAAUACAGAAAAUUACGUGGAAAGCUAUUGUGUCAAAAAAUGUCGGACCUUCCUGCAGAUCGUUUGGAGCCUAGUCCACCAUUCACUUACAUUGGCCUAGAUACGUUUGGACCAUGGGAGGUAGUUACUCGUCGGACGCGUGGAGGAUCUGCAAACUCAAAAAGAUGGGCAAUCUUAUUUACCUGCCUUACAACGAGAGGAAUUCACAUUGAAGUUGUGGAGGAGUUGAGCUCUUCAUCAUUUAUCAAUGCCUUUAAGCGGUUUGAAGCCAUUCGAGAAAAAGUUACCCAAAUUCGUUCAGAUCAAGGAACCAAUUUCGUGGGUGCUAUAAAUGAUCUGAAAAUCGAUUCAGCUGGACUCAACUUAGAAGACGGUAAAUUCAAAAACUUCCUUUAUGAUUGUGGAACUACUUGGAAGUUUAAUCCACCCCACUCUUCGCAUAUGGGUGGCGCAUGGGAACGCCUCAUUGGAGUAGUAAGACAUGUGAUUGAUGCAGUUAUGUUGGAGAUACCAGAUAGAUCACUAACUCAUGAGAUACUGACGACAUUUAUGGCAGAAGUUUCAGCAAUCGUAAAUGCCAGACCAUUAGUCCCCUUAUCGGAAGAUGCAGAUGAACCGUACCCUCUGAGCCCUUCCAAGAAUCUUUACCCAGAAAACCCCUGUGAUCGUCGACCUUCCUGUUGA